CUGGGUCUGCUAUUUGUUCGUCACUUCCGUCACAGCUUUGAGGUUUUUUUCCCGAGCAAAGAUGGCGACGGCGCAGCUAACGGACGAAGAGCUUUUCUCUGAGUUAAAGAGCUUUGGAUUCACUCCAGGCCCGGUCUCUGAGAACACGAGACCGGUUUAUUUGAAAAAACUAAAGAAACUACGUGAGGAACAACAACAACAGAAAGGAACCAGGGCGGGGAAAACCCGAAACAGUGGCGGCAGCAUCAACAACAGUAGCGGCGGUGGUAACAGCAGUUACACAGCGGCGGGAGCCAGGCCAGCUAGCAAUGACGUCACGCACCUGAGCACUAGCAGUCGUAGCCCCGGUGGUCGACCGGUCCUAAACGAAAAGAGAACUGGUGGAGCGGGGAAGUUCGUAUUGGGUUUUAGCUCGGACGAAUCGGACGUGGAAGACCCGAAGAAAAAACGAGGAGCGAACCACAGCGGCAGGAGAGACCGAGGCUCCGCGUACCACCAACAACAACAACAGCAGAUCAGGCCUACAACGGGAGCUGCCACCGCCACUCGAAAGAGCCUGGGAGUCGCUGUGAGUACCAGCAGAAACAACUCCUCUCCCGCUGGGCUGCUGGAGGGGAGGAGAAGCGGACCCGGUUCUCUCGGCUGGGUGGACCGGGGAAAAUCGAGCCUCGAGGACUCGCGGCCCGCGGAAGUGAAGGGUUACGACGAAGAGCCCGAAGAGGAAGGCGAUUUUCAGGGGGAGACGGAAAGAGACAGUCGGUCUCUGAAUGGGAACAGGGCGUCUUACUCACUGAACACCAGUAGUAAGCUAGUCGGGGAUUACUCGGAUUCGGAAGAGGAGGAAGAGGAAGAAGGUGGGAUAACAUAUGGGCAGGACCGUCAACGAGACCGGCACUUACAGCAACACUACUCCAGACGGAGUCACUCCUCCAAGCCGUCUCCCCACAGAAGUGCCAGGGGGUCAGAGAGCGGCCAGGAAACGACUACAGGCAUGGCAAUCAGGCUGAAUGACACGCCUGGCGCUAGUAGGAGUCGACUAGACAUGAUGGGAGGCCGGGGGGAGGAAGAGGAUGAUGAAGAGGGAAAGAAGCGAGUGCCCGGCGAAUCGUCCCUGAGCGGGAGCUUGCUGCGACGCCAUUACCACAGGGGGACCAUGUACGUGUCGGCUGUGACUGGGGGGAGCGACCGCGGCAGCCCCGGGGAAAGCAGCGGCAACAAUUCCCCGUCCUCCGCCUACAAUAAAAACCACACCGACAGCGGGGAUGGCGCCACUAGCAGCAGCAGCAGCAGCCGAUUCAGCAUCGGCCUGAGACCUCGAUUCUCCAACUACAACACUCUAUCCGCUACUUACCGACCCAACCAUUCAAAUCAUAGCGGUCCCAACCAUGCCUACAGCCAGUCGAGUCUCAAGCAGAAGCACACGGUGCCGGAGGAUGAGCUGCUCCAGCAAUUCAAGCGGGAGGAGGUGGGGUCGUCCACCGGUGGUUGGGGGUUCAGCGCCCACUACCUGUCCAUGUUCUUGCUCAUGGCGGCCUGCCUGUUCUUCCUCCUGCUCGGCCUCAUGUAUCUCCGGAUGAGGGGAUCUGGAGCCUCUGAGGUCGAUGUUGUCAUUAAGAACCACCCGUUUGGCAGCGAGUUUGACAGUUCUUAUAACAAGAUGGAGAAAGACACCAUUCUGAAACUCUUGCUCAACCUUCACGACCACCUGGCUCAUAUUGCUGGCCAACAUGACUGUACAGACCCGGAGCAGCAGCAGCAGGCCAACAGGAGUCUGUCUAUGAAGGAAGCCUCUGACUAUCUGGUGCAGCAGAAUGAACAGUACCAACACUGGGUUCUCCUCUCUCUGGAGUGGAUCAUACGGACAGGGGAGGACGUUGGCAUACGGCUGAUCGGGGAUAACCCAGAGGAGGAAGUAGCGGAGGUGAGUGAGGUGACUCGCCUGGAGUCGACCCACCCCAAGAUGUCCUUCUCCUGCCGCUUCAGAAGAGCCUUCUUUACAGUCAUCCACAGGGUGCUGUUCAUCCUAACAGUGAUUGGUCUGGCGUGGGGUGUAUUCUACUAUUUGAAGUAUCGUUGGAGGACAGAGGAAGAGGAGACCAGGCAGAUGUAUGACAUGGUGGAGAGAAUCAUAGGUGUUCUGAGGAUCCACAACGCGUCGUGUCAGGAGAACAAUGACCUCCAGCCCUACCUGCCCAUCCCUCACGUCAGAGACUCCCUGGUUCAACCCCAGGACAGAAAGAAGCUGAAGAAGGUUUGGGACCGGGCUGUGACCUUCCUCUCAGCCAAUGAGAGCCGUAUCAGGACAGAGUCUCAGCGGAUUGGUGGAGCUGACUUCCUGGUGUGGCGGUGGCUCCAGCCCUCUCUGAGCUGCGACCAGAUCUCACUCAUUCCCUCUAAAGUCUGGCAGGGCAAAGCAUUCCCUCUGGACAGGAGGAACUCUCCUCCCAACAGUUUAACACCAUGUCUGAAGAUCAGAAACAUGUUUGAUCCAGUCAUGGAGGUUGGUGAAAACUGGCAUCUGGCCAUCCACGAGGCCAUCUUGGAGAAGUGUUGUGACAACGACGGUAUCGUCCACAUUGCUGUCGACAAGAACUCCAGAGAGGGCUGUGUCUAUGUGAAGUGUCUGUCAGCAGAACACUCAGGGAAAGCCUUCAAGGCGCUACAUGGUUCCUGGUUCGAUGGUAAGCUGGUGACGGUGAAGUACCUGCGUCUGGACCGCUACCACCAGCGUUUUCCUCAGGCCCAGGGCUGUACCACGUCACUGAAGCCCUCUAACACCUACAUGAACACCAUGUCCAGACUACGUCACCACACCAGCCCUGAUAGCAGCUCUAACGCUAACUCUCUAGGCUUCUCCUGAGAGGGGGGGCAGAUUACCCCAGCCUCCUCUUUCCCUCAACCCCACAGAUACCACCGCUACCAACCCAACCAGCUCCUCCUUAGCCCUGUGUAACGGUCUCACCUCAACACAAGCCCCCUUCCUUCAGUCUCUCCUUAACAAGCCUCUACUGGAGGUGGUGGCAGCUUGGUGAAUCGUCUGGUUCAACUCACAGGGCUGGGUGAAUCGUCUGGUUCAACUCACAGGGCUGGGUGAACCGUCUGGUUCAACUCACAGGGCUGGGUGAACCGUCUGGUUCAACUCACAGGGCUGGGUGAACCGUCUGGUUCAACUCACAGGGCUGGGUGAACCGUCUGGUUCAACUCACAGGGCUGGGUGAACCGUCUAUCUCAACUCACAGGGCUGGGUGAACCGUCUGUCUCAACUCACAGGGCUGGGUGAACCGUCUGGUUCAACUCACAGGGCUGGGUGAACCGCCUGUCUCAACUCACAGGGCUGGGUGAACCGUCUGGUUCAACUCACAGGGCUGGGUGAACCGUCUGGUUCAACUCACAGGGCUGGGUGAACCGUCUGGUUCAACUCACAGGGCUGGGUGAACCGUCUGGUUCAACUCACAGGGCUGGGUGAACCGUCUGGUUCAACUCACAGGGCUGGGUGAACCGUCUGUCUCAACUCACAGGGCUGGGUGAACCGUCUGUCUCAACUCACAGGACUGGGUGAACCGUCUGUCUCAACUCACAGGACUGGGUGAACCGUCUGGUUCAACUCACAGGACUGGGUGAAUCGUCUGUCUCAACUCCCAGGGCUGGGUGAAUCGUCUGUCUCAACUCCCAGGGCUGGGUGAAUCGUCUGUCUCAACUCCCAGGGCUGGGUGAAUCGUCUGUCUCAACUCCCAGGGCUGGGUGAAUCGUCUGUCUCAACUCCCAGGGCUGGGUGAAUCGUCUGUCUCAACUCCCAGGGCUGGGUGAAUCGUCUGUCUCAACUCCCAGGGCUGGGUGAAUCGUCUGUCUCAACUCACAGGACUGGGUGAAUCGUCUAUCUCAACUCACAGGGCUUUGUUUUCUCUUUAAGGGGACUGUCUGACUGACUGUUGGUUGUCCACAACCUGUCUGGACCACAGGAGUGGUUGGGAGGCUUUAGACUGACAGUCCUUUGGUGUUUUUUGUUGUAAAGACCAAGUCCAGAGUUUUAAAAACAAAACGAUGAGCUAAACUUUGGAAGACCACUUGAACAACCAAUGGGCUGGGAGAUUGGAGACUAGGGGGACGUGGUCUGAGCUUUGGAUGAGGAAGCUGGAGAUGUGUGAUUCUCCGGUGCCGUCGACACUUUCAUUUUUGUUCUUUUUAUAUUACAAACUUUAUGGAUUUAACAAGGAAACAAAACUUCCAUUUUGUUCUAAUGGCAUAUUUAAAAAGAUAUGAGAGAGAAACAACCCCUUCAUCCUCUCCUCCCUCCUUCCCUUUGUUUAAUGAGACUGGCCCCAUGAUUUUUCAAGGAGUUGAGUUGGGCUAUACAUUGAAAUUGCUGCAUGUGCUGGUUAAAGUAUGCCUCCUAUUUAAGCUUUUGAAUUUAUACCAUAAUCUGGAUGUUUUAUUUCCUGGAGAAUGUAAUCCCUUUUUUCUUUUUAGUUUUUAGUCGAGCGGCGGAGGAAAGGGCGGAGGAAAGGGCGGAGGAAAGGGCGGAGGAAAGGGCGGAGGAAAGGCAGGCAUAAACACUUAGCCGUCUGAAGGGUGGGUGCUUUGCUGUCAGCUGGAAAUACAUGUUGAAUGGUUGGCUGGUGGCGGUGGCUUCCUUUUCAAUGAUCUGUAUUAAUAAAGAAAACCAUAAGCUCUCAUUUCCCCCCUGCCUACCGCUACAAUACUCAUACUGACUGCAUCACAUUCUGUAUCCAGAAGUGUGAGUGUUUGUGAGAGAUUGGGAGGAUAACUCUCAUUUUCCCCUGCCUACCGCUACAAUACUCAUACUGACUGCAUCACAUUCUGUAUCCAGAAGUGUGAGUGUUUGUGAGAGAUUGGGAGGAUAACUUGUGGCGAGACAGUGAUUUUGGCUGGUGGUGUUAGUACACCCCCCGGGGCCUACGUCUUCGAUAGAAAGACUCCCUCGCUGUGGAGUUUAGAGAAGAGGGGGCUAAUAACGUGGGUGAUCAGUCAGUCGUCCAUUUUGUAUUUUUGGCUUCUUUGCUUUUCUGUCUUUUAACUCAAUAUUGGUGGCCAUUUAAGCAUCUUUCCUCCCUCAAGCAGCUGCAGCACUUCUCCCGUCAGGCAGAAUAGAUUCCAAUGUUAUAUUGUUUUGUGUUUCUGUUUUAAUUAAUAACAACUUUUUGAUUUAAUUGAUACUGGUUCAUGCUCAUUGUUCCCGCCGCAUAGACUUCUGCUGGAACAUGGGAUUCUAUACACACCUAGGCUUCCUUUUGCUGCACCUCAAAUAGCACCCUAUUCCAUUUAUAGUGCACUACUUUUGACCAGAGCCCACUAUAUAGGGAUUAAAUAGGGUCCUGUUUAGGAUACGUCCGUACACUGAGUGGACAAAACAUUAAGAACACCUGCUCUUUCCAUGACAUCGACUGACCAGGUGAAUCCAGGUGAAAAGCUAUGAUCCCUUUAUUGAUGUCACACGUUAAAUCCACUUCAAAUCGAUGCAGAUUACGGGGAGGAGACAGGUUAAAGAAAGAGAUUUGAGACAUGGAUUGUGUAUGUGUGCCAUUCAGAGUGUGUGAAUGGAUUCCCAGUAAGACACUGGUUUAAUAUGUUUUGUAUAUAUUCAUGGAGGUAUAGAUGGAAUGGAAGGUGUGUGUGUGUGUGUGUGUGUGUGUGUGUGUGUGUGGAGCUGUUCCACGAUCCCUGCAAUACAGCCCUGUGUUUCUGCUGCGUGUUAAAACGGCACACUAUUCCCUACAUAGUGCACUACCCCUAUGGGCCCUGGUCUAAAGUAGUGCACUACCCCUAUGGGCCCUGGUCUAAAGUAGUGCACUACCCCUAUGGGCCCUGGUCUAAAUUAGUGCACUACCCCUAUGGGCCCUGGUCUAAAGUGGUGCACUACCCCUAUGGGCCCUGGUCUAAAGUGGUGCACUACCCCUAUGGGCCCUGGUCUAAAUUAGUGCACUACCCCUAUGGGCCCUGGUCUAAAGUGGUGCACUACCCCUAUGGGCCCUGGUCUAAAGUGGUGCACUACCCCUAUGGGCCCUGGUCUAAAGUAGUGCACUACAAAGUGAUUUGGAUGCCAUGUCAGAUGCAGCCAGUCCUGGGUGUACAGGAACAGAGUUCAGCUGGUUUCAUAUGUGAAGCUCCAGAUUCCAUGUAUUGGUAGUUUAUACAUACCAGUUUUAUUACUACUUUGUGUGAGAGAGAAAUCCAAAACGUGUCCCCAAAAUGGCACCUCAUUCCCAAUAUAGUGCACUAAUCCUAUAGGCCCCUGGUCAAAAGUAGUGCACUAUAUAGGGAAUAGGGUUCCAUUUUUGGAUGCGAGCAAACACUUUUCCUGCCAUGUUGAAGUCAUUUGACUUGUUUAGUGUAUUGUGGUUGUUUAAUUGUAUCCAGCCAUAGUUGUUGAUAAACGCAGACCUAAUGUAAUAUUAUUAUAGUCCUGUCAGAUAUGUUGCAGAGAGAACACGCAAACCAGUUGUUUUUUAGAUGUAACACGGAAAUAAAAUGGUGUUUAACGUUGAUGCAGAAAUAAGCUGAUUCAAAAUGUUUUGUUUGCUUGUUUAAAGUACAAGCUCCAUGUGUCCGUGUCCCAAACGCCACCCUCUUUCAACCCAAAAUAGUGUACUAUUUAGGGAAUAGGGUGCCAUUUUUGAUAUGCACACCCCAAGUAUUCCAACCACCUCUUGUGUCUAAAUGGAGACUGUAAAGUUCUGAAUGAUUGCUUGUUAGACGUUAUGUUGUCGUCCAAUCAUAAUGCUUCAAGAUCAAAGGAUUCACCACCAUUAAGGUUAUUUGUAUUUUUUUGGGGGGGAUGCAGUGUUAAGUUGAAAGUGGGGUGCAGUAAGUUGUACAAAACAAUGCACAUUUAAAAUACAUAUAGACUGUUUUAACCUGGUGCAGUCCUGUCCCCCUGCAGCAGUUGUUGACCUGGUUGUGCCUUAACUUUGUGCUUUAAAAAAACGAAAACAAAAAACAACUGGCACUGCAUUACUGGAGAAUGUCUUGGGUUUAUUAUAGUGCUACAAUCAUUGUUUAAAGGGAACGUAAGGUCAGAAAGACAGAGCUUUAUUACAGAUUGUUUUCUUGGAAAGUUAUGUUUUUUUCUGGUCUGGCCAACACCUGGAAUGGGGUGUUUUGUAGGUGUUUGUGUCCAACAAUAUGCUUUCCUGCACCCCCACCAGAGUACGUCCCCAAAUGGCACCCUAUUCCCUAUAUAGUGCACUACUUUUGACUCGAGCCCUAUGGUGAAUGGGGUGCCAUUUGGGACUUAACCAGUAUUUAUUUUAAAUUCAAGUCAGGUUGUUGUUUGGAUAGUCAUUUUUAAUGUUUAGAUACUUUAUGUGCUUACUGUCCUUCCCAUUACAGAAUGACCUUUACAUUCACUUUAAACAAUUGUAUUCCACUGCACAGAGCUGAAUAUGUACAAAAUAAACAACAUUUAAAAUGGAAGCCAGUUUUUGCUGACUGUACUUUCCUACGUGGUGCAUCGUGGGUAAUGGUCAUCUUUUUAUAUUUUUGUAAUAUUGUCACCAACCUGAUGUUGAAUAACAGUGAUGCACCCGAAGGUUGUUUUUCUUAUGAGAAACUAAGUCAUGUAUAAGAAAUUAUUUUAAUUAUAAGAAACUGUAUAUAAGACUGUAUAAAGUGAGUGAGUGAAUGAAUGUACAUGUUUGGUCUGUGUGCGGCUUACAAAAAACUCAAAAAGUUUUCCAGAAAUCCCGGUCGGAGGAUUUUUGGUAUUUUCUGCUUAUUCCCUCUUAAUUCCGGGAAUCUUGCAACCGGCAUUUCUGGAAAUGUGGGUAAAGUUUCCAGAAUUCUCUAAACCUAUCUGUGUGGCACUUCUCUACGGUCCAAGGUGAUGCUUGCUGCUUCAACUAUCAGCUUCUCCCCCCCCUAAACGACAUUUCCUUCUCUGAUUUAUGUAUUUUAUGUAAACAUUGUACAUUUUAUACCUCUAAUAUGUACUAUUAUUAUAUGCAGAAGCCGUUUUAAUUUCUAUUGUAUCGUUCAGAUUGACCUUUCACGACCCCCCUCCUCCCUUCAAGCCAGAUGAAGCUAAAGUUGUCCAAUAAUGUCCAUGACAUUUAAAAGGUUCAGAUGUUUUUAAUGUAAUUUUGUCACUUAAUUGUCUUGUAAAAAUGGCUCUGAUUAAAGUGUUUUUUUCCUCA